AUGUCCCCGAAGAAGAAGACAAAAAAGACCGCAGAGAAAAGUCCAGAAAAAUGUCAAAAUGACGUGGAAGAAAAGCAUAGGCACAGUAUUCUGGAUAUAGCCAUUCUGCAGGAUCACAUAGCCUUACAGUGUGAGGCUUUAAGAAGGGUCCAGUCAGACAGAGCUGACCUGAGGAGACGUGUAAGAGACAUGGAACAGAAGCUGCAGCGCGAGAGACAAGACCACAGGGACAUCUACUGGGACCUCAGUCACCAGUACAAAACCAUGCAGACCGAACUGACCAACAAGGUGAAGAAACUGGAACAGGAAGUCAGCCAACUGAAGGAAGACCUUGCCCUAUCCCAGGAGGAACUGAGUAAAGAGAAAAGUGAGCGUAAGCAAGAGGAGCAGGAGAAGGAUGUCAUCAUAGCAGACCUUCGACAAAAGCUGGACAACAUGUAGUCAGACUAUGAGAAGAUCCUUCAUGAGACUCUCGACAGCCUGAGUUCCCAGCUGUCUGCGACUCGACAGGGUUGGGAAGACGAAAGCGCAACUCUUCAUCAAAAGUACAAGGAGCUGCUCUCUGAAUUUGGCCUAAAUGCACUGGAUCUUUAA